AUGGAGCGCCCAGUGAAAGUGAAGGCGUGGGUGGAGGAGAACCGGGGCUCCUUCCUGCCCCCGGUCUGCAACAAGCUCCUGCACCAGAAGCAGCUCAAAAUCAUGUUCGUGGGGGGUCCCAACUCCAGGAAGGACUACCACAUCGAGGAGGGUGAGGAGGUGUUUUACCAGCUGGAGGGGGACAUGCUUCUCCGAGUCCUGGAGCGAGGAAAACACCGGGAUGUGGUCAUUCGGCAGGGAGAGAUCUUCCUCCUGCCUGCUGGGGUCCCCCACUCUCCGCAGAGGUUUGCCAACACAGUGGGGCUGGUGAUUGAGCGGAGGCGGCUGAAAACGGAACUAGAUGGGCUCAGGUACUACGUAGGGGACACCACGGACGUCCUGUAUGAGAAGUGGUUUUACUGUGAGGACCUCGGCACGCAGUUGGCCCCCAUCAUCCAGGAGUUCUUCAGCUCUGAGCAGUACAGAACGGGAAAGCCCAACCCUGACCAGCUGCUCAAGGAACCGCCAUUCCCCCUGAGCACACGAUCCAUCAUGGAGCCCAUGUGCCUGGAGGCCUGGCUGGAUGGCCACCGCAAGGAGCUGCAGGCGGGCACGCCCCUCAGCUUGUUUGGGGACACCUAUGAGAGCCAGGUGAUGGUCCACGGACAAGGCAGCAGCCAAGGCCCGAGACAGGACGUGGAUGUAUGGCUGUGGCAGCUGGAGGGCUCCUCAGUGGUGACAAUGGAAGGACAGCGCCUGAGCCUGACCCCUGAUGACAGCCUCCUGGUGCCAGCUGGGACUCUGUAUGGCUGGGAGCGAGGGCAAGGCUCCGUGGCCCUGUCUGUGACCCAGGAUCCUGCCUGCAAGAAGUCCCUGGGAUGA